AUGAGGUCCUUGGUCAUCACCGGCGCCCUCUGGGUCGCAUUGGGCGCAUGCGCGCUGCAAGAGCGUCAAGACGACAGGCCGCUCGUCGACUCGGCCAGCUUCCAAGCAGCCAUCACCAGAGAGAACUUGGAAGCCAACCUCGUCUCCCUGGACGACAUCGCCACAGCCAACGACGGGAACCGCGCCUUCGGCCUCCCAGGCUACGCCGCCUCCGUCGACUACGUCUACGACCGCAUCUCCGCCGUCUCUGGCGCCAAAGUCUGGAAGCAAGACUUCUCCGCCGUCUUCAGCAGCGAGAUCAGGGCCAACCUGACCGUCAACGGCGAAGCCCUCGCCGCGUACGGGCUUACGCUGUCGCCCACGACGCCCGCCGAGGGCAUCACGGGCCAGCUCGCCCUUGGACCAGAGGGUUCAGAUGCCUGCAACGCGUCCUCGUACGACGGCCGCGAUGUGGCCGGCAAGAUCGUCCUGGUCCGCGAGACGCUGUGCGACGGGUACAGCCGCAGCUCGCAGUACGCCGGGAUCAUGAAGCCGGCAGCCGCGGCUGGUGCGAGCGCUGUGAUCGCGAUUCCGGACUUCCAGUUCAAUUUGACCGCGGGGUCGCUUGGAGUGGCUGAUGACGGGACGUUUAUUCCUAGCGGGUUUGUCAAUAAGUAUAUUGGAGAUCCGCUGGAGGCGCGUCUACUCGCUGGAGAGGUUUUGACGGCGACGUUCUGGGAGGAUGAGUACGUCGAUCGUCGGGUGACGCAGAACGUCUUUGCCGAGACGGAAGGCGGGGAUUCUGAGAAUGUGAUUGUUCUUGGUGCCCAUCUCGACAGCGUUGCUUGGGGUCCGGGUAUCAACGACAAUGGAUCUGGCGUGUCGCUGCUAUUGGAGCUCUUCCUGGCCCUCACCAAGUACUCCGUGAACAACAAGAUUCGAUUCGCGUGGUGGGGUGCUGAAGAAAAGGGCCUCAUCGGCUCGCGCUACUACGUCAACAACCUCACCGCGGCCGAGGCGGGUAAUAUCUUGGCGUAUCUCAACUUCGAUAUGGUUUCUAAGGGCUACUACGGAGUUUUCGACGGCGACGGUGCCUCGUACGGCGUCCCCGCACCGGCCGGCUCGGACGUGAUCCAGGAGCUGUUCACCGCCGACUUCGUCUCGAAGGGUGUCGACGUGACAGCGGCUCGCUUCACUAACGGCAGUGACUACGCGUCGUUCUGGCAGGUGUUGAACAAGCCCAUCGGAGGUCUUCACACGGGGACAGGUUCUGCCCAGGAUCCGUGCUAUCAUCAAGCAUGCGACAACAUCAACAACCCGGACCUGGACCAGCUGGCGGUGAAUGCAAAGACCACCGCUCAUGUGCUCUCGACUCUUGCUCUGGACGGUACCAAUCUCAUCAAGAAGCUGACGGCCCGCGACCUUUUCGCGCGUUCAGAGAGUCAGAAGCGAGAAAUAGCAACCGUUGAGGAGUCUGACGAUGAGCACCACCAUUGUUGA